AUGUGGAUGAUAGCAUGUGUUGUUCUGAUGAUUGUACGACCGUUCAUUACCAGGCCAACAAUAUACAACAGUGCUGAAGUCGCACAUUACGUUUCUGUAUUACUGCCAAUUCACAACAUUUCUGUAGUGGUUAUUCUGGUGGUGCUGUACUCAAUUAUAUGCUGUUACGUCGCAACAAUAAGCCGAAUUUCUCACAACAGCAUUGACAAAAUACAAAUACAGCUUUUCAUCCAAGCUCUCUUGAUCUGCGCAAGCACUGCUACUGCAGCUGGCCUCUACAUCGUUUUAGUGGUUAUUCCAGCACCUAAAUACGUAGUGAUCAUUGCAAACGCUGUGUGGCAGUUUAGUCACGGGGUGCCUGGCAUUGUUCUUAUCUGCUUGAACAAGCACAUUCGAGAAGACGUGAGAAGCAUUUUUUGGAGGAAGAAAAAUGUUAAUCGUACAACCUUUAUUUCAGUCACGAUAACUGUUAAAUAA